CGCGAGCAGACGGAGCCCCGCGCUAUGUGCUCAGCCGUGCGCCGACUAGACGAGGGCCUCACUGCGAUCACCACCGACUCGAGACGAGUUCACGGGAAAAUUACGAAAGAGAAGAGGAUCUAGAAACAGAAAAGUCACAAAUCCCACGCAGGUUUCGGAGAAAUACUAUUUUUUUUUAAAUAAUAAUAAUAAUAAUAAUAAUAAUAAUAUCAGUAACAUAACCAAGUUGAUUUGGACAUCCACACCUGGAGAGCGCUUCAUUUUCAGUGCUGGGGAAAAGGCUGGAGAGGGCUGCGACCGUGCUGUCGGAGAAGUAGGAGAGGCUGAGACUGCAGGCUGAAGUUCCAGUCAUGCUGGUGUUUGUGCUGUGCGCGCUGGCGUUGGGUUGCCUCGCGAGCGCACAGAACGAGACAGAGCCCAUCGUGUUGGAGGGAAAAUGUCUGGUCGUGUGCGACUCGAACCCAACUUCUGACCCCACCGGCACAGCGCUCGGGAUUUCCGUGCGCUCCGGAAGCGCCAAAGUGGCGUUCUCUGCUGUCAGGAACACUAACCACGAGCCGUCAGAGAUGAGUAAUCGGACGAUGGUCAUCUACUUUGAUCAGGUUCUCGUGAACGUCGGCAGAAGUUUCGACGAAGAAAGAAGUAAUUUCUUCGCCCCACGAAAAGGGAUUUACAGUUUUAAUUUCCAUGUCGUGAAGGUUUAUAAUCGUCAGACUAUCCAGGUGAGCCUCAUGCACAAUGGGUGGCCUGUGAUCUCAGCCUUUGCUGGAGACCAGGACGUGACGCGCGAGGCUGCCAGUAAUGGUGUUCUGAUCCAAAUGGAGAAAGGCGAUCGGGCCUACCUCAAGCUGGAGCGGGGCAACCUGAUGGGUGGCUGGAAGUACUCCACCUUCUCUGGUUUCCUGGUCUUUCCUCUGUAGAUGAGGGGCUCGCUAUGUAGGGACUAAUGCACUUCAGCUCACCAGCUUGUGGGACUGUGGCGAGAGAGUGAGAGAUGAUGAGGGGGAGAAAGUGUGUGUAUGUGUGAUUGAUAUAUAAAAGAAGGCAAUUUAAAAGAGAAUUAGUGUGGCUAGCUCUUUGACAUGCUCGCUCCGCUGCUUGCCUACAGCUCUGGACAGCCAAAACUUUUUAUUUUAUUAUUAUGAUCAGAAUAAAUAACAAUAAACAAUAAACCUAUGAAGGCUAUUGCGUUUCACCUCAUAUAUCUCCUUAUUUAAUUUUUCAUCUGCUAUAAGGAAUGUCUAUCAUCAGACAUUUAAGAAAUGUCGGUCAUAAAACUCAGUGCACAAAAUCGUCCGGCCCCAUUAACUCACAAUGGCAAUUUCUUAAACUGAUUCUCACCUGCAUAAAUUUGUAAGUGUUUCUCCAUACAAUAUCUCAAAUCUCAGUUGUUCAAACAUAAACUGCUAAUGCUGUUCCCUUCAGUCUUAAUGGGCACUUUCGCUCCCUUUGGCUCUGCUAUUUUCCUCAAAACAGGAGAACACAUUUCAGUCUGUUAUGCCUGGAGAGUAUCCGAACUCCUCAAAGAGACUCUUUACUGUAUACGGGAUAUAUACAGAAAUAUAAAAUCCUUCAAAUUUCUAUAUAAUAUACUCUGACUAUCUGAAUCUGAUUAAUCUGUAUUUCUGUAUUUCAGUGUUAAUAAUAGUGGUUUUGUGUGUGUGUGUGCGUGUGUGUGUGUGUGUGUGUGUCAUAAUGCUGCAGCCAGGCUACCAAUGCUUCUUGUUUUCGUUUCAGAAAUGUGGCUACACUUAAGCUAUAUCAGAAGUAUUAUAAAGUAAUUUUAU